UCUGACUCACUCGCUUUCAUCACCAGCGAGACCACAAUAGUUCUGCUGACCCGCAGGAAAGCACCUGGACCAGGAAAAGACCAGGACCAAAGACGAGGACUGCUGCUGCUCAUUUCAGCUGACCUGAGUUGAAAAUGAAGCGCUCCCUGCUGGUGUCUCUGCUGCUGGGCUCAGCUCUCAUUGGUCUGGGCUCAGCGAUUCGCUGUUACAGCUGCAAAGACUACACCGCCAGCUGCUCCAAACAACGAGACUGUAGCUAUGAUGACGCCUGUCUGACACUUAAUGAGAGAGGAGGGAUGACUUAUCGCCAGUGUCUGAAGUACUCAGACUGUGAGUACAGCCGACUGAGUCAGAUGUUUCCCCAGGUUUCCAGUUUCACCUUUAAGUGCUGUAACUCAGACCUGUGUAACUCAGCCCCUUCCUCUGCAGCGAGCUCUGUCAUUGGUCUGCUGGCCUCGGUGGCAGUCAUGUUGUGGUGCAUUCACUGAACCUGUGGACUAACUGUAAACUUUUGUGUCUGAUUGGUUUAAAAUGGUCUUAACUGACAUGAAGAUGAUAUAAAUAUUUAUUACACUCAAUAAAACAAAUAUUCAGACGUUCACAAUAGAUUUAAAGAAAAACAUCAAUAUAUUCAGACAUUCACUAAAGAUAAAAACAUGAAUAUUCAGACAU